AUGAUAAACGAUCUACUGGAUUUCUUUCCCGCACCCUCUCCCCACAUCGGGAGAGGACUGGGGCGCAUUGCAGUGGCAGAUUCUACGACGGCGGUGGAUAGCUUGGACUGCCCUAAGUUUGACAACUCCAAUGCUGAUUUUGAUGACAUUCUCAGCAACAUAACUGGAGAUUUGUUUGAUGGAACUUAUUACUGUAGUGAGCAAACAGAGCUUUGUGAACCAUCUAAAUCUAAAGAAGAGACAUUACUGAUGGAAGGUGAAGAUUGUUCUAUUAAUUUCAAUGUGGAGGACAUCUUGAUGGAGUCAAUGAAAGCCUGGUCUGACAAAGAUUGUGAUAAACAAGUUUCUGAUUUACUUGAUGCUGGAAUGGAGGAAAGUGUCAACAACAUUUCAUUACUUCCCUGGCAUCUGUGUGAACAGACUCUUCCUGAUGCUGUAAUAAAAGAAAAUGAAAAUAUUAAAGAGGGGAAUGAUGUUCGCCAUGCACAAAAGAAGGAAAAAUCAAACUCAAGGAAGAUGACGAGAAAAUCCUCAACAGCUGGUAUGAGUGUCAGCAGCAGCAGUGCCAGCAUCUCAUCUCUGGACAAAAACAAUCCAAACUAUAUUGAGAAGCGAGAAAGAAACAACGAGUCAGUGAGGAAAAGUAGGGACAAGGCUCGUCAAAAGCAGAUGGAAACAAUGGAGAAAGUGAAGGUUUUGACAGAAGAAAAUAGCAGGCUGAAUAAUAAAGUCAAUGACUUGCUGAAGGAGUUGGAAAUAUUGAAGAGCCUAUUUGCUAACAUUGCAAAUAAAUGA